AUGCAGCCCACUGGAGGCUCCGAUGCCCACCCCAACAACAUCCAGGCCUGCCUUCCUGGCCUCUGCGGACCUCAGAAGAGUGGCAGCCUGAGGCGCGGUGGGGCUCCGGAGGUGGCACCAUCUUCUUCUCAAUCUACACCGUCUUCUCCUCAAUCUACACCAUCUUCUUCUCAAUCUACACCAUCUUCUCCUCAAUCUACGCUAUCUUCUUCUCAAUCUACACCAUCUUCUCCACAAUCUACAUCAUCUUCUCAAUCUACACCAUCUUCUUCUCAAUCUACACCAUCUUCUCCUUGAUCUACUAUGCUAUCUUCUCCUCGAGCAGCAUCACCUUCUCCUCAAUCUGUACCAUCUCAAUCUGCAUCACGUUCUCCUCGAUCUAUACCACCUUCUGCACCACCUUCUCCUUGAUCUACACCAUCUUCUCCUCUAUCUUCACCAUCCACUCAAUCUGCACCAUCUUCUCCUCAAUUUACACCAUCUUCUCCUCAAUCUACACCAUCUUCUCCUCAAUCUACACCAUCUUCUUGAUCUACU